AUGAAGUACUCUAUCGUCUCUGCUCUGGCGCUUGCCGCUUCCUCGGUCAACGCCCAUGCCAUCAUGCAGCGUAUCAUGGUCGACGGUGUUGACCAAGGCUCUCUGACCGGCAUCCGUUCCCCUCCCACCAACAACCCCGUCCAAGACGUCACCUCCACCGACCUUCUUUGCGGUGCCAGCGCCGGCACUUCCUCCAAGCUCAUCACCAUCCCCGCCGGUGCCGCCGUCGCAGGUGCUUGGGCUCAUGCUCUCGGUGGCCCACAAGGCCAGGGCGACUCAGACAACCCUAUCGCCUCUUCCCACAAGGGCCCUACCCAAGUCUACCUCGCCAAAGUCGACGAUGCCGUUUCCGCUGCCGCCACUGGCCUCAAGUGGUUCAAGAUUGCCAGCGACACUGUGACUUCGUCUGGUGUCUGGGGCGUCGACGACAUGAUCAAGAACACCGACUCCAAUGGCUUUGGCUGGCAGAAGUUUACCAUGCCCAGCUGCAUUGCGCCUGGCCAGUACCUUAUGCGUGUCGAGUUGCUUGCUUUGCACUCUGCCAGUUCUGCAGGUGGUGCCCAGUUCUACCAGUCGUGUGCGCAGAUCAAGGUUACAGGUUCUGGCUCCUUCUCGCCUGCGUCGUCGGCUGAGAUCUCGCUCCCUGGUGGCUACUCAGCCACUGACCCUGGUAUCCUUGCCAACAUUUACGACACCUCCAUCUACACUUCAUACAAGGCUCCUGGACCUGCAGUCAUCAGCUGUGGCGCUGGCGGUGCUGCCCCCGUGUCAUCUAACAAGCCUACCACUUCUGCUGUUGUGUCGUCCAAGGUGCCUGUCACCACUUCUACUGCUCCUGUGACUACCAAGCCUGCUACUACCUUGUCGACUGUGGUCAAGACUUCUGAUGCUGCUGCUGCUCCUACUACUUCUGCUGCUUCGGGCUCUGGGUCAGGUACUGCUGCUAAGUAUGCUCAGUGUGGUGGUAAUGGAUGGACUGGAGCUACCACCUGUGCUUCGGGAUCUACUUGCACCAAGCAGAACGACUGGUACUCGCAGUGCACUUGA